GUCGGUCUGAGACUCUCUCUCUCUCUCUCUCUCUCUCUCUCUGCCUCUGGCUGGCAUCAACUACACAUUCUCCUCCCACGUUCUACCCCAUUAAAUUAAAUUUGCUGCACAUAUAUAUCAAAUAUUAAAUCCCCAAAUCAAAGAAUCCUAGAUUGAUUGUUCUUGUUUCCGCAUUUACGGAAUAGUAGUUCCCUAGCAGAUUAAAUCAUCUCUUCUCUCCCUUCACUGUGAAUCUGCGUGGAAACGCUGAAUUAGGAAAAUCAGUUGCUAUUGCUAAAGACAUAUUAUAAUGGGAUCAAAGCAUGCCCAUCCAAAUAGUAACAAAGGACGGCGAUCAUUAUCCAUAUUCAUCAUACUUGGUCUUUGCUGCUUCUUUUACCUCCUUGGGGUGUGGCAAAACAGUGGAUCCGGAAAGGGAGAUAGGUUAGCCAUGGCGGUCACGGAGCAAACAGAAAACUGCAACAUAUUCCCUUCCGCUCUUGAUUUUGAACCCCACCAUACAUUUGUUUCAAAAAUUGACACUUCUGAACCUAAGACCAAACCGUACAAGUUUUGUGAUGCGAAGUAUAGAGACUAUACCCCUUGCCAAGAACAAGACAGGGCUAUGACUUUCCCCCGCGAAAACAUGAUAUACAGAGAAAGGCAUUGUCCGCCGGACAAUGAAAAGCUUCAUUGCCUUAUUCCAGCACCGAAUGGGUACACGACUCCAUUCCCUUGGCCAAAAAGCCGCGAUUAUGUUUAUUACGCUAAUGUCCCUUACAAGCACUUGACGGUUGAGAAGGCAGUCCAAAACUGGGUACAGUAUCAGGGUAAUGUGUUCAAGUUUCCAGGAGGAGGAACAAUGUUUCCUAAAGGAGCAGAUGCGUAUAUCAAUGAGCUAGCAUCUGUAAUCCCCAUGGCCAAUGGCUCCAUAAGAACAGCACUUGAUACUGGUUGUGGGGUGGCCAGCUUUGGUGCUUACUUGCUGAAGAAAAAUGUCAUAGCAAUGUCAUUCGCGCCAAAAGACAAUCAUGAAGCCCAAGUUCAAUUUGCAUUGGAGCGGGGCGUGCCAGCUGUCAUUGGCGUUCUUGGUUCAAUUCGCCUUCCAUACCCUUCAAGAGCAUUUGACAUGGCACAUUGCUCUCGGUGCCUGAUACCCUGGGCAGAAAAUGAUGGUAUGUAUCUGAAGGAAGUUGAUAGAGUUCUAAGACCUGGAGGGUAUUGGGUUCUUUCCGGGCCUCCAAUAAACUGGAAGACCUACUACAAAGUCUGGAAAAGGUCAAAGGAAGAUGUCAAAGCCGAACAAGCAAGGAUUGAAGAGAUCGCUAACCUUCUCUGUUGGGAGAAGAAGUACGAAAAAGGCGACAUUGCGAUUUGGAGAAAGAAAAUCAACGCAAACUCUUGCAAGGCGAGGUCUACUAACACAUGCAAAUCCAAGGUCAACGAUGGCGUUUGGUAUAAGAAGUUAGAAGGGUGCAUAGCUCCCCUUCCAGAGGUUCAAAGUUCAGAUGAAGUUGCCGGUGGGGAGCUGAAGAAGUUUCCGGACAGGCUCUUUGCAGUUCCACCUAGAAUAUCCAACGGAUUGGUGCCCGGAAUCACAGCCGGAGAAUAUCAAGAGGACAAUAAGGUUUGGAGGAAACAUGUGAAUGGCUACAAAAGGAUUGUCAGCUUGCUGGGGAGCACGAGGUAUCGCAACAUAAUGGACAUGAAUGCUGGCCUUGGAGGCUUUGCUGCAGCACUGGAAUCACCAAAACUGUGGGUUAUGAAUGUUGUCCCAACUGUUGCGAAAGACACUUUGGGCGUCGUCUACGAAAGAGGAUUGAUUGGCAUAUAUCAUGACUGGUGUGAAGGCUUCUCCACAUACCCAAGAACAUACGACCUCAUUCACGCCAGCGGCGUAUUCACUCUGUACCAAGACAAGUGCGAGUUCGAGGACAUUCUUCUGGAGAUGGACCGUAUUUUGAGGCCAGAAGGGACGGUGAUCUUCCGGGACGGCGUGGAAGCGUUGAACAAGGUGAGGCAAGUUGGCCUGGGGAUGAGGUGGGAGAUGAAGCUGACAGAUCAUGAAGAUGGGCCAUUGGUGCCUGAGAAGAUUCUUGUUGCAGUCAAACCAUAUGACUCUGCUGCAGAUGAGAACAGCACCACCAAAUCCAGCAGUGAGUGAAAAAGAAGAAAAAACAUUCUGAGAAUGAAUCAAACUCACAGGACAAAACAGAUGAUGUACAAGAAUGUUUUUUGAAACUGUGUUAAUGUAGAGAGCAAGUUUUAGCUUUUCAUAAUUUGUGUUUGUUCAAAUUUAGUUAUAAUUCAAGGAACUGGAAAAGUAUCAUAUGUAGCUUCUCCUCCAUAUAAUAAUGAACUAAUGAAGCAAGAACUGUAUAAUCAGUGUUUUAUUUUAGGCCUCUUGGGGACAUAU